CUUCCUCGCAAUCCCAACAGCCCUGCCAGCUCGCACAUUGGCACAGAUUCUGAAGCGCUUCGCUUCCCGCCCGCUCGGGGAGCGAUCCAGGCCCAACAUGGACUCAAUUACUGCCUAGAUAACAAGCUAAGAAAACUCGCUUAGCUGCACAACCUGCAAAAUGGGCGUUCCGGGCCUCUUCGCCUUUCUGAAGCGGCGGUAUGGCGUUAUCGCCAAGUUCAUUGUCAAGGACAAUGGCAAAUGGGAUGGGGCGUCGCCGGAGGGAGCGGACGCGCUCUACGUCGACAUGAACCACAUCAUCCACACGUGCACGCACGCCAGCCUGGCCAAGGAGGGGCUGCCGUACGACGAGGACACGGCCUUCGCACGCAUGGACGAGUACCUCACCGCCCUGCUGGAGGUGGCGGGCGGCGGAGCUACAGCCGCUGCUGCAGAGGACGGUGGUGCUACAGCCGCUACUGCUGGUGUUGGUGCUGCUACUGCCGCUAAUGCUGGUGGUGCUGGUGUUGGUGGUGGUGUUGAUGGCAGUAGCAGCGGUGGCGGCAACGGCAGUAGCAGCAGUAGCAGCAACACGCUGCGGCUGUUGUUUGUGGCCAUAGACGGGGUGGCGCCGGUUGCUAAGAUGAACCAGCAGCGCACGCGGCGCUUCCUGUCGGCGCACGUGGCGGAGGUGACAGAGCGAGUGGAGCGCGAGGUUCGAUCUGAGAUGGCCAGUCAGGCGGGCGGGCGGCGGGCCAUUCCCGACAUGUCCAGCGGCCGCUUCGACCCAAACAUCAUCUCGCCGGGCACGGCCUUCAUGGCGCGUGUGGCCGAGCGUGUGCGCGCCAUGCUGCGACACAAGGUGGCCACCGACCCGCGGUUCACACGGCUGAGGGUGGUUGUGUCUGACUCCUACGAGCCCGCUGAGGGUGAGCACAAGAUCAUGCGCUUCAUCCGCUACCUGCGCACCCGCCCCGACUACCGACCCGACACACGCCACGUCAUUUACGGCCAGGACGCCGACCUGCUGCUUCUGUCGCUGCUGCUGCACGAGCCCCACGUCACCAUCCUGAGGGAGGGCCACCUCGACAACACACACCACACCGCCACCACCCACAACAACAACAACAAGGCAGCCGCAGCCGCCGCCAAGGCGGCUGCAUCCGCCGCCAAGACUGGCGGCGGCGGCGGCAGCCGCCACGGCGCCGGCGGCGGUGCCGCAGGCGGUGGCGGUGGCGGCAGCGGCGGCGGCGGCGAGGGUCCGGCUGCGGCCGGCGCCCCCGGCCCGCCUGUGUUUGAAGAGGUGGAUAUUGGGCUGCUGCGGCAGUGCCUGCAGUGGGAGGUGGCGGAGCUGUGUGGGGCGCCGGAUGGGCGGCCGCUGCAUGUGGGGCUGGGAGGCGGCGGCGGCGGCGGCGGCCUGUAUGGGGAGGAGGAGGAGAUCGAGGAGGAGGAGGUGGUGGAGGAGGAGGGGGAGGGGACGGAUGAUGUUGCGGCCGGGGUCUCGGCGGCGGCAGCCGAGGGGGCGGCAGCGGCGGCGGUGGCGACGGCGGAGAUGGAGCAGCCCGGAGAGGAGUGGGGGGUGGGCGAGGACCAGGGAAAGGAGGGGUUGUAUGGUGCGCUGGACUUUGGGGCGGGCGGCGGCGGCGGCGGCGGCGGCGGCGCCAGUGGUGGCGGUGCCACACACGAGGGCGCACCCGACGGCGCGUCCUGGACUUGGGCCUACCCCUACCACUACGCCCCCCUCAUGCAAGACCUCGCCAGUGACCGCAUCCAGAAAAUGGCGUUCGGCGGGCGCAAGCGCACCCACCUCGCCACGAGCCCCGUGUCGGUGGCACGAACCCUGACCCCCUCCCAGGCCGCCUCCGGCCCCCUGGCGCUGUGGGCUCCGCCGUACGGCCCCGUGCGGCCGCUGCUGCAGCUGUUGUGCAUCCUGCCGCCCCGGAGCGCCGCCGCCGCUCUGCCGCACGAGCUCGCCAACAUGCUGCUUAUCGCGCACGACCUCAGCGACGAAGAAGACGAAGAUGAAGACGAGGAGGAGGGAGGAGGAGAUGGAGGGGGAGGAGGAGGCGGCGCGGGAGGAGCAGGUAGAGGAGGCGGCAGGAAGAAAGGCAAAGGCGGUGUGCCUGAGGAGGGGGAGAGGGAUGGGGAGGGGAUGCAGGUGGCAGGGGGCCGGCGCGGCCGCGGCAAGGGCGGCGGCAGGGACAAGGGCGGCACUGGUGCAAACGCCGGUACCGGCCGUGGCGGCGGCGGCGGCGGCGGCGGCAGGGGAGGCGCGAGGGCAGCAGCAGCCGGUGGCGGCGGCGGCGGUCGGGGUGCAAGGGGCGGCGCGGGCUUUGACCUGCUCCUGACCACCGCUGCAGGUGAGGCCGGGUUCGGUCCUGCGCUGCUGGCCUCCUCUGCGGGCUGGGGUCUGGACGGCGAGGGGGCGUUGUCGCUGACGCUGCUAGCGGGGCGCGUGAGCCGCUACUUCCCAAACAACAUACCGCCGCUGGUGGACCUAAGCGGCAAGAAGCACCUGCACACAGCUGUGGUGCGGCUGCCCUUCGUGAGCCCACCACUGCUGGGGCAGGUGGUGCAGGAGGCGCUGAGGGGAGGGCUGGCGCUGGGAGGGGCGGAGCAGGCCCGCAACCGCAUCCUGCCAGCCAACCUGAUCAUCUCCUCCCACCUACACCGCGAGGCGCUGGCGGUGCUGGCGGCGGCCAGGCAGCGCGCCUCCGCCGCCGACACCGGCGCCGCCGCCGCCGCCGCCAGUGGCGGCGACGACGACGCUGCUGCUGCUACUGCCGGUGGUGCUGCUGCUGCCGGUGCUGCUACUGCUGCUGCUACUGCCGCGGAGUCGCCGACUGCGGAGGAGGUGGUUUGGUUUCUGCUGAUGAACGACCCGCCGCAACUGCCGCUGCCGCUACAGCCGCCGCCAGCGCUGCCGCCGCUACCGCUGGCGGCGGCGCCGCCAGCACUACCUCCGCCGCCGGCCCCGGCACCGGUGCCGGCAUAUCUGGGUGGGGCUUUGGGGCUGCUGCUCGCAAAGCGGGGCCCGCCGCCGCCGGCGGCGCCAGCCGCUGCUACUGCCGCUACUGCCGCCGCCGCUGCCGCUGCGGCCUCGGUGGCUGCCAAGGUGGCGGCGUCGGCGGCGCCGCCGCCGCCCGCCGCCGGCCCGCCGCCAGUGGUUUUGGAUCUCGACGUGGCUGGGCUGCCCGUGGCGGGCACGAGCGCAGCGCUGCUGCCGGGCGCCGCCGCUCCGCCUCUGCGGGUGGACCGGGCUGGAUGGCGGCGGCUGGAGGCGGCGGCGGCGCGCGGGCGCAGCUAUGCGGAGCGCGUGCUGGGGCUGCAGAAGGGAGGAGCGGGCGGAGGGGGAGGAGGGGGAGGACGGUACCAGCGGCACGGCGCCCACAACCCAGCGGCCCAGGCCAACGCCGGGGCAGUAGGCGGCAGUGCCGAGUACAUGAGCUACGGAGGGGGAGGAGGAGGGGGAGGAGGAGGAGGUGGUGGUGGUUAUGGGGGUCGUGGAGGUGGCGGUUAUGACGGUUACGGUGGCGGCGGCGGCGGUGGCGGCGGCGGCGGUGGGCGCGGCUUCGCCGGCCGAGGCGGGAGAGGCGGCGGCAGAGGCGGCCGCGGCGGGGCACCGUACGGUGUGGGUGGGGGUGGGGGUGGGGGUGGGUAUGGGGGUCGGCGUGGGGGAGGAGGGGGAGGAGGAGGAGGCGGGAGGCAUGGGUCCGGCCAGCACCACCCCAACCCCCACCAGCCUCAGGCGCCUCAGGCGCCCGCCCACUACUACGGCCAAGCGCCCUCGGGCUACUACCAACAGUACCAGCAGCAACAGCGGCGGCCGUAGCAACGGCGGCUGUAGCAGCGGCGGCGGCAAUAGCAGCGGCGGCAGUAGCAGCGGCGGCAAUAGCAUCGGCGGCAGUAGCAGCAGCGGCAGUAGCAGCAGCGGCAGUAGCAGUGGCAACUGUAGCAGGAGCGGGCCAGAGGCAGCAACGGGGCACGCGGUGGUGAGGCGACAAGUAGGCGCGGCGGCUGUGCCGUGGGGGAGGAUCUUUGUUUGUGGCCGUUGGGUGUGGGUGGCGGUGUGUGCUUCAGAGGCGGUGUUACGGGUGCGAGAGCGACGCAUCAAGCAAAGGGGCACGAUGCGGCAAAUGACUAAUUGGGAGAGUUGUAACAGCUGACUUGUCUCAGUGAGAGGGCUGGUGCGGCUGAGGAGGCAUGGCUCAGGACUGUCGGGCGUUGGGGUGUUGGGGUGUGUGUGUAGCUGGUGUACAGCUGCAGGCGACUGACUGGCGGGGGUUUGGGGGCUGCCGUGCUGGCCCACAGCGGGUGGGGGCGAGGUGGCCAGGUGGGGGCGAGGCCGCGAGGCGGGGGACUACCGGGCCAGGGUGGUGGGGCUACCGGGCUGGCUUAAUCAGCCUGACAGUGAGGCGAGUGUAUUGUGAACCAUCAUGUUGGAUUGAUGGCGGAUGUUGACGACAUGCAUGACUGACACACUCAGACGCACAGGCGCACAGCUGCAGCCUUGCAGGCGGCGAAGCAAGAUUUAG